UAAGGCGCGAAAUAGAGGAUUAUCAAUUUUAUAUGCAAAUGCCUUCAUUCCAAAUUAUUUUAUUGACUCGCAAGAAUUUUUAAAACUUAUUUAUGCUAUAGAUAUUUUAAACUUUCUUUUUAACCUUUUUAUGCUUCAACAACAAAUAGACAGUACCAUGAGCAAUCCUGAAAUUUUAACCCGAGCAUUAUGGCGUGCAGCAGAUGCUGUUUGCUUUGAUGUUGACUCUACUGUCUGCAUGGAUGAAGCCAUUGAUGAAUUGGCAAAGUUUGCCAAAAAAGAGAAGGAAGUCAUAGACUUAACAUUAAGAGCUAUGCGCGGAGGCAUGACUUUUAGAGAGGCUCUGGCUAAACGUCUGGAAAUGAUUCAGCCUACAACAGACAUGCUGAAUAACUACCUUCGCUCCCAUCCACCCCACCUUACCCCUGGUAUUGAAGAACUGAUUUCUGAAUUACAUGACAGAGGAAUUGCUGUGUAUUUGGUUUCUGGAGGUUUUCAUGCCAUCAUUGAUCCAGUUGCACAACAUUUAGACAUCCCUUUGAAAAAUGUGUUUGCUAACAGCAUCAAGUUUUACUUUAAUGGAGAAUAUGCUGGCUUUGAUGAAAAUGAACCUACCUCUCAUCAAGAAGGCAAAGCAGAAGUCUGUGCAUAUCUGAAACAUCGAUUUGGCUAUCGAACUCUUAUUAUGAUUGGAGAUGGGGCUACUGAUUUGGCUGCUUCCCCACCUGCUGAUGCUUUCAUUGGCUUUGGGGGCAAUCAGGUUCGUGAGAAAGUAAAGCAGGAAGCCAAAUGGUUUGUCACAAGUUUCCAGGAACUUUUAGCAGAACUUCGAAGAAAUUAAUCAAUCAAAAAUAGUGGCAAUAAAAGAAACUCAGGCAGCUUUUCAGAUCUUAGUAAGCCAUAUGUAAAUAAUGUAAAAAAAAGUUUUAAA